AGAAAGAAAAUCAGAUUAGGUUCUUUCUAUUGUGUAUCCCUUUCCCCUUACUUUUGGUGUUCUCUGGGUAACAAGAUUUAUGUUCUGCAAUUUAAUAAAGGAAUUUCGUGAAGAAUUUGUUUGAAAUUCAUCCACACCUAUUCUUAUUGACCUUACUCUUUUUCUAUCUGUAUACAAAUUAUUUAAACUUUGACUAUAUAUUAUAUUUGGCUAGUAUUUACUCAUUUAUUUAUGUUCUCUUGUUGCAGGUCAGUUCUGAAGUUGGAUGUCUGAUUGUGAUCGACGGAGAUAUAAAGUGCUAAUGGGGCCCAAGCGCACAAGAUUACACGGUGAAAGUGAUGACUGGAAAAAGUUUCCAAUUCCACCUGGUUUUGAAUCACCAAUGUCCUUCACAUUACAGAAGGUAAAAAAUAAUGAGAAAGCCCGUAAAUCUGCGGCUGUUGGGGAGUCUAAGCAAGAUCCUAGCCAAGUGGUGUCUACUUCAACUAUUAUUAGCAUAGGAAAGCUUAAGAGUUCUAUUAGGUGUUGGCCUUGGAUACUUGAUGAUCAUAUUGAUCACAUAGAAGAAGAUUCUGGACGUGAAACUGAUAAGGUUAGUAAGAUUUUCAUAAUUUUUUCUCAUAAAUCCUUUUUUAAUUUCUAUUAUGGCGCAAACAACACUGCCUAUGUUGUCGUAUCCGUAGCAUAAAAAAAUAAAAAUAGAUUUAAAUUAAAUUGAUUAUGCUAUAUGUUUUGAGUUUGUGUCACCUUGCAAUAUUUUUACUUCUGUAAAAGAACCCUUGUGGUUUUCUAUUAAGUAGGCAGGAAAAGAGGAGUGAAUGUUAUAGCCGAUGCUUCUGGUUGGAGAGGAUGAGAUAAACAUAUCUGGUGAGAGAUGCGUGUAGGGAAAUUAUUUUUGU